CGCCCCGCCGGCCGGACAGACCAGAGCUCAUGGCUGCGCCCAGCACCCGCAUUGGGCCCAUGCUGUUCCUCGCCGUCCUGCUGCUCUUGGAGCUGAGCCUGGCAGGCUCCCUGGGACCUGGAACCCCGGCUCGGAACCUUCCUGAGAAUCACAUCGACCUCCAGGGCCCGGCGCUGUGGAUGCCUCAGACCAGCCACCACCGCCGGCGGGGCCUGGGCAAGAAGGAGCGGGGCCCAGGCAUGCCUGGCCGGGCCCAGGACGGGGCUGUGGUCACCACCACCAGGCGGGCCUCCAGGCUGUCAGGGGCAGGGGAGCUGCUGCCUGGGCAGAGUCCUGCAGGCCUCCUGGAGGACAAGGACCUGCUCCUGGGGCUGGCGCUGCCCUACCCGGAGAAGGAGAACCCGUCUCCCGGGUCAGAGAGGGUCAAGAAGCGCGGCAGGGAGUUCAAGAGACGCAGGGAAAGGUUGAAACUGCACCGAGGCCGAGCCUUGGUCCGAGGUCCCAGCUCCCUGAUGAAGAAGGCAGAGCCCCCUGAGGACGAGGCGCUGGACGCCACGAUGGAGGAAUCCUCCAGCAGCCUAGCCCCCACCAUACUCUACCUAACCACCUUCGAGGCAGCACCUGCCACAGAAGAGUCCCUGAUCCUGCCUGUCACAUCCCUGUGGCCCCAGGCUCCACCCAGGCCUGAUGGGGAGGUGAUGCCCACACUGGACAUGGCUUUGUUCGACUGGACCGAUUAUGAAGACUUAAAGCCUGAGGUCUGGCCCUCUGCAAGGAAGAAAGAGAAACACCGGGGUAAACUCUCCAGCGAUGGUAACGAAACAUCACCGGCUGAAGGGGAGCCGUGCGACCAUCAUCAAGACUGCCUGCCAGGGAGCUGCUGUGACCUUCGGGAGCACCUCUGCACGCCCCACAACCGCGGCCUCAACAACAAAUGCUUCGAUGAUUGCAUGUGUAUGGAAGGGCUGCGCUGCUAUGCCAAAUUCCACCGGAACCGCAGGGUCACACGGAGGAAGGGGCGCUGCGUGGAGCCGGACACGGCCAACGGCGACCAGGGAUCCUUCAUCAACGUCUAGCGGCCCUGCGCGAGGCGCCUCCCCGCCGGCCUGGGGACCGCGCGCCGAGGUUUGGAGAAGCCGGCGAUUUGUUUAGAGCUAGCAGUGCGAGAUCA